AGAUCGUUUUCAACGUGCUGCUCUUGAACACACCCCCAGCGUGAGCUCUCAGCGGUAGAUUUGGAUCGUACCGGCUACUAUUAGCAGAAAAUGGGAGACGACUUGGGUGACGAUUGGUGGGAACACGAGAAUAAUUCAGGUAUUACGCCUUCCGUCUUUGUUUUGAGUGUGUUUGAGACUGCUGACCCGGGAGAUUUUCUUGUGUCUUCAUGAGCGAAUAGUCUUGAGAUUAGCUUGAAGCCAGGAGGAGAGUUGCUAACUGUGAGCUAACGCUAGCUUGACAGUUGUGUCUCGUGAGUUGCUAUUCACCUCUGUAACCUCUAACUACAGUUCCCAUGGAAACAAGUGAUUAGCAGCUUGUUUGAUUUCUUACCUCUGUUAUGUUGGGAAGGGGAAAGUUAACGUUGGUAGCACGGCUUGCUACCAGCAGGAUGUGUGUUUACACGUGUGUGUUUACACGUGUGUAUCCAUGAUUACGCGUGGGAACCGGAACAAGCUGUUUGUGUUGCUCAUAUGUUAUCUUUUACGUUGGGUACUCAAGGCUGAAUCUCAAGAUCACCUGUUUUUGCUUCAUGUAACUUACAGUCUUGACUCCUCCAUGCUGAUCUCCUCCUCCAACAUCAACACAAACUGAAGAAAAGCCCUGUGGCUACUCCUUGUCCAGAUUAAUGCUCUCUGCACACCAAUAGAGGGCGGUAAUGCACUUCAAGGUUUGCUGACCUUAAUGCAUUGCCCAGAAAAGUUUUACUGCAGUGUCCAAGAACAAGAAUAAACUUAUUUCAUAAAGUUACAAAAAAAUAAAAAUAGAAACAAAAAAAUUAUUAAUUCAUUAAAAAAAAGGGAAAACUCAAAUUUAGAUGCUUUGAUUCACUUUAACUCUGUUACAGUGGGGGCCAACAAUUAUCCACAAACAGACUUGACAAAAACAUUGUAAAAUACCAUAAAUGUGCCACAACUAAGAACUUAACAAAGGUCAUUUGUGGAUUAAGUCACCUGAACAAAACAGCAGAAAGAGGCAACAUUAAAACAUUAAAUUGUGUGCGCUCCUCCCCUCUCUAUCAGCUUUCUACAUUAACUCUGUUAUUUAUUUACAGUGCAAAGAUGUUGAGACAAAUCCUCCCAUUUUGUAAGUUUAUCCUGAUAUAGUCAAUUGAAUAUGUUUCCCAUAAAUAACUGGCAUUUACAUACACAAUCUUAUCUACAAUAAGUUGUGAACUAUGGUACAAUAACUCAUUCACUUUUUUGGGCACUCAAAAGGAAAACACUUCAAAUAUUAUGUGAUGACAAUUACCUUUUCUUUGAAUUAGUUGUAUUUUAUUCAACUCACCAAUUAUCAAUCAAAUAUCUUAGUUGCAGUUACUUAAUCAUUACAAAAAUCAGUGCUCAAAUCACAUUCUUUGCCUAUUUUUAAGAUUUCAUUAUAAUAUUGUUAGGCUGCUGUGUUGCGUCUUGUAAUCCUUGGCCCGUCGGAUGUGUUUCUUGCAUGAACUAAGGGAGCUCCAUCUCUUUUUCUGUAAGAUAAUCCUUUGGCCUUGGGAAUCUUUGUUGGGCCAAGCCUCUUCAGUGACGCUGCUGGAAUCUGAUUGGAGAAAAGAGGAAUUAAUACUUGUUAGGGUUUGCUCUCACCUGCAUAUAUAUCAGCCAAUUAAUGAAGUUGCACAGCUUUAAUUCCACAGGAGUUGGGGUGCUGUGUAACAUGUUAAUGAAAACAGAAUUUGAAAAAAAAAAGAUGUUUCUUACAUGAUUCCACCUUUCUCUCUCCUCUCUUUUUUGUUUCUAUGGUUACAGGAUAACCUACCUGUUAGUGAAACUUUCUUGCAACCCUAAAGUUGUCAAAAGUAAGACUAUUUAAAAAAGAUGGGCUAAAUUUUUUAUCAUACUACUAUGCUGUUUGACAGUCUACCGUAUACAAAUUAAUAAUAUUCUGAGUUAUAAAGUAAACCAAGUAUAAAAACUGAAUAGAUACCGUCUGUUUCAACUUAGACCACAGGCGCUAGAGCAUGAUGUCACAGAAAAGUGGCCAUAGUGUAAAAGUGGUGUGUGUUUUGAAGCAUCCCAUUUAAUGAGUAUUUCACACUGUUAUAUUUAUUGACUUGGGCCUUUUUUGGUCAGUCAUUACCACACAAAUAAUGUGUUUUCUAGGUUUGUAACCAUAUAGAGGAACUUUUUGAGCAUUUUUUUAAGUUGUCUUCUUUACUCUGGCUAGCUGACAUCAACUCGUUCUUUCGUUUUUAUCAAGGAUGUUCAACCAAAACAGCUCUGAGGCUGACAGAAAAAUGACAAGAUGAAAAAAAGAGCUGAAGUCUGCCAGGUAGAGUAUGGUUCUUAAUAUGAAGUCAGUCUUAUGAAUAAGAGGAGAUUCGUGAGAAACAGCAUGACGCUUAAGCUGAUGUUUCUUUUGGCUUAAUGCUCACACUAAUGACAAAAAUUCUCAAGGGAACUUAGUCACAGACUACAGUCUGCAGUACACUGUCAUCAAAUAUCACAUCUGGUUUCCACCUUGCCAGCUGAUGAUGUCAGUGUGGUUAAUGCGUGUCUGUUUUUGUCAUCAUAUACCUGUUAUAUGGGCUCUCUGCCAGCUUCUCCUACCUCAGGAAGCAUUACUUUGUCCCUGAGUGCUGUAAGCAAGUUUCUCAUUUAGAUACAACUACCAGAGGUUUAUACCAGUGUAUGUUUGACAUGAACUGCCCAUCUGUAAAACCAUAAAACUGGCUGUAUUUUUUAACACACAAGUAUAAGAUCAACCAACAUUCACUAAAUUAAUCCAGUGCUUGUUGGGUUUUACUUAAAACUACAUAUACUACCAUUUGGUAUAGUGCUUAAUACAAGAUACUUUUCAACACUUUGUUCCAAAUAUUGUAUCUAUAGAUUGUCAGACUCAAGUCAGCAGAAAAUGCCUUAAAAGCAAACACAUCCUUCACUGCUUCUCAACAGUGCACUCACCUUAACUGACCCAAACUUUAGCUUUUUUCUCAAAGGUAAUUUUGCUGUAUUUUCGAUGACAAUUUUCUUCCUCUCAAACCCCUUCCAAGGCUUUAGUUACUAAGAAAUUGUAAAUAUUUUACCAGGCUUUAAUAAAUCAGAAAAUAUUCACAAAGUAAUUAGAUGAGCACAACUUUCAUGAAUUAUUAUUAUAAAGUAAAAUUUCGCUGUGAAACUUUGCCUUUUAUCUUUUCACUAGGGCUUAAUUUGGCAGCAGAUGACAAGUUUAAGAAAGCAGUAAUGACCGGUAAUUGCUAAGCUUUGCGCUGGAUCCUUUUUUAAUGGUAAAUGAGAAAAAGUCUAAAACUGUGUAAUUUUUUUAUGUAUUAGUUUAUUCAUAUCAGUCCCAAAUAUCAAAUAUUUUGUGGGUCAAGAUUUAUAAUUUGCACUCAAAAUUGCUAAGGCCUUUGGUAAUCUCAACCAUCAUUAAACCUGAACAGACUCACUACCUCUAGGUGUUUCAUGUUUUAUUGUGUCAGAAAAAACGAGCUGGGUUUUCCAGUGCAUAUUUGCUGCAGGUUUCACAGAACCACACUCAAAAGUACACGCACGAAGCUAUGAGGAUUUUAACUGUGUGGGAGACUCGACUUUUCUAUUAAACUCAGUUAACACAUAAACCUUUCUGUCCCAGCGUUAACAGAGUUAAUGAUCAAGUUAUGGGUUUUUUUUCCUUUGGAAGAGCUUGAUGUUUGCUUUAUGAAGUUUGGCCCUUGAGGGGGGAAAACAUCAAACAGGGCCUCUACCAUUUUCUUACUCUAUUUUCUGAUUCUAACUAUUUUGCAUUUUAACAGGCCUGUAAUCUGUUGGCUCAGUCGAUAGCGGACCUCUUGAAAAUAUUAAAGGUGAACAAAUAAAAUCAGCACAAGCAUAUUUAAUAAACAGGAAAUAUCACAAAUGGGACAGGUUACAAAAAAGAAAAGCAUUUCACAUAUUUGGUCACAAUGUAUUAAUUAGCUCUAAUACAGGCAUUAGACACACAUAACAUAGUCAGUAAUGGGGUUGUUAAAGGGCACAUUAUCUAGAUCAAGUAGGCUUUAUAAAGGCCGUAAUAAAACAAAAACCACAAGAUGUUUAUUUAAUGCAUGUUACAGAAACUCUUCAGGUUCUCAUUUUAGGAACCGUGCAGAUAAGAAGUCCAGGAUUUUGACUGAAAUCUCAAUACUGCAUGUUAAGAGAAUACAUUCUCUCCUAAUCACAAAGGCCACUUACUGUUAUAUUAGAGGAAUGUGAAGCUGAAGAGGUAGCAGGAGAUAUAGUGAUGCUACUCGUAAUCUUGCCGACACCUUUGACAUGACAGCCAUUGGCGAGCACUUGAGUCCGCUGCUCAUGUCGGAGGUAGUACGGCCCAACAGGCUGCGGGAUGCUGUGGGUUAUACCAUUUAGAGACUGGAUGUAAGGGCUACCCACAUGGAUGUGGAUCUUGUUGUCCUCUGUGGUAAUGAUACUUGGACUCGAGUCAGUGCUAUUAGACCUCUGAUGUUGCCAGCUGUUCUGUCGCUCCGGCGUCUUGCAGAAGACUGAAGUCUGAUUUGCGACCUCUGCGGGCUCUGGAGAGCAGGUUCGCACUGUUACGAUCUGAAUUGGGGGACCGCUGUGGUCUGGUGUCGCAGAGCGUGGGGAAUUUGGACUUAGCACCCGGGAGACUGUUGGGGGGACGGUGCGAUCUGGGCUUGAAGGAGGUGUUUUAGUGCUUACAGAUGAGGGGGAGUUCUGGAUGAUGGUGAUUCUCUGCUUUGGUGAGGCCCCAGCUGCUGGAAUCAUGGCCUUGCUGGUGUAAGAUGUUGCUGCAUCCCCAGUUGGGCUGCUGAACUCAAGUGUGGCUGUAUUUAGUAUGUGAUGGGGUGUUACUUUAAUGUGCAGUGGCUGCCCUGGAGUGUGUGUUAACAUCAUUACCUCACUAUUAGUUUGGGGCAUAUCAAUACCAUUGGUUGAUUGGCUGCUGUAUUGGCUUGUGUUAUUAUUUGCAGUGUUCAGGCUGUUUAGAUUGUUGACAAGAGAGCUUCUUCUGUUUGAGACUUCCUCAUUGUGGUUCGGGUCCUCUCCUUCGUCUUCUUCUACUCUCUUGCUGUGAUUACCGUAAGCAGACAGGCUAUCGUCUGGAUCGGUUUGAACUUCUCUGUUGGUCUGCUGAAGAUCUGAAAAGUGUCGCCCAUUUGCAGCAGGGGAAAGGUUCUUCGUUUGUCUAUACCUUCCAAGCUCGCUACCCAGUUCCUUCAGCUCCCUGGCCAGCUCCCUGUUCCUGCCCUCCUGCAGGGUCAGCUUCCUCUGCAGAGUGGAGUGAUCUGUCUGAACCCUGCUGAUGGACUCCUCAGUACCCAUCAGCUUCUGCAGUUUCUCUUUCAAAGUUUCUACCUCUCUGCUCAACAGUCUGGACUUCACCUGCUCCUUCUGCAGACGGCAAAGAAGGAGGUGUUCUUGGUUAACGUCCUGCUUCUCUGCCUGCUCAUACCUUGAUAGCUCCCUCUUUGACGCCUCCAGCUCCUCUGUAAGCAUGUGGGACCUCCUCUGCUCAUCCUUGAACCUCUUUUGCAGGGACUCAUAGUCCUCCUCCACCUGCAUUAACUCUCCCUCCAACAUCUCCUUGUCCUGUAGUCUCUUUCGCAGCCUGUCCACCUCUUGGGUCAAUUCUUUGACUUUGUUGUCUUCUGUUUGGCGGCGAUGGUUUGUGUUGUUUGUUAUGGAACUAUGUGUGUACUUAUCCUCUUUUUCUUUCCUGUUUUCCAGCACUUGCAGCCUACUUCUCAUGAUUGUCAUUUUACUCUGCAGCUCUCUGUUUCUUUCCUCCUCUGCUCUCAGCCUAUACUGGAGCUCUUCUUUUUCUUUCCCUAUGCCCUUAAUCCUCUCCUCCAAAUCUCCCUUACACCUCAGUGCCUGUUGCAUCUCAUCUUUCAGUCUUUCUGUUAUCGUUGCCAAAUUGCUGUGCUCGUUCCUCUUGCCCUCCUUCCUGUUCAGUUUUUCCUCAGCCUGUUUGAGCUUCUCCGCCAUCGUCUUUCUGUCCUCCACCAAAGCCACAGUCAGAGAUCUGAGCUUGGUCAGGUCUUGUCGAAUCACUGCUUCACUCUUCUCCUGUUUGCUUUCAACUGCCUCGAGCUCUUUCACCCGAACUUUCAGAGUGUUGAGCUCAGCUGACAGCCUCUUGCUAACCUCUCUCUCUUGCUCCAAGCUGCCCAUCAGAAGGUUGCAGUCCUGUUUGCUCUUGCCUAAAGCCUCCUCAAUCCUGUCCAACUCACUGAUUCUGCCUGUGAGUUUAUCUACUUCCACUUUCAAGCUACGGCAGUAGCUGGUCUCCCUUGCUAGUCUGCGGUCCAAGUCCCGGCACUGGUCCCACAUACGUAUCAGCUCCUCAUCCUUUCCUUCCAUUUCCACCACCCUCCUCCUUAGCACCUCCACCUCUGACAGCAAGCUUGGGGCUGUCAUGGUAUCCUGGUUUUGGUUAAAGAUAGAAACUUGGUUGUUUUGCUCCACCUCAAGAUGAAGAAGCCUGAGUUUUGCCUUCUUUGUGCUGGGGUGAGUUGCUCUGACCUGCUGCUGAAUGUGGUGAGUGAUAGCAGUCAAGUCUUUGACACGAUGCCGCUGUUCUUCCAGCUGCUCACUCAGACUCUGUUGCUCCUGAACAACCAGCACUGCAAAAACCUUGAGCUUGUUCAGCUCGUCCUUUAGAGCCGACACUUCUCUUUCACUUUUCUUCUGCUGUAUCUCCCGGUAUUCUCUUUCCUUGGCUAUCAGGAGCUUAAGUCUGCAAAAAAACAAACAAAUGACGCUGAUGUUAAACAGGAUUCAUGAGCUGCUUCAUUAUGUAAUUGCCUCUUUCUGCUUCCUAGUAAACUUUUUUCUUGUUUAUACUUGACCCCUCGGCCCCACAUUUUAAACACCGGUAAUUUCUCCCGUUGUGUAUUUCCAGCAUAAACAGUGACUUUCAGUUUUUAGGAGAAUCUGAUUCACAGUUUCCUUCCUUCUCAGAUUUCUAUCACUGCGUCCUUUUCAUUUAAACAUCCGUGUCGGUGUUUCCAACCCCAAUUUCUAUAUGUACCAAAAAAGCGACCUAGAAACAUGUACAAUUUUCAUGUUGUUGUGCGCUCAUUUUGCUGCAUUCUUGACAAUCACAGCAGAUGGUCCCUUGGCAGGGAGCGUUUGUUAAUUAAGAAGUUCAACUACCCUUGAGUACCCUCAACGUUGCACCCAGUCAGCCCCCUCCUGUGCACAACAAUUGCUACCCCAUUUCCAGCUAAGAGAGGCAGGAAUCCCCCCUGUUUCAUGUGUAAUUACAUACAGGCUACAUAAGUGCUGUCACUCCUCACAUUUCCCCAGAUGCCGACUAACAACAGACGAAUCAAUUCAAUGUGCGCCAUACAUUUUAGUGCCACUGCAAGUUACGCGAGUUCAAAAUGACCUGUAACAUUCAAGAGUCAGUCGCUUGGUCCAAGUGUGUGGGCUGUUUUACAACUGGUGUUGUACACUAGAAGUAUUUGGAGUGCAGACAUGAGGUUGCAAUGUGAAGUCAAAGAAUAUUUUAAUCAAUAUUAGUUUCUUAUGCAAGGCUUUGAUUUUUUUUUUUUUCCUACAUUGCAUGUUGAAAAUGUUUCAGAGCUGGUUUUGCAUCUAAAAGUUAAAUGCUUAAGGUGUAAAGGCUCGUGGAAAAACUCUUGACAGCCGCUCAGAUUACAUUAAAUCUUUCAAACAGCAUAUUUUGUUAAAGGUUAGAGGAGUAAAACAUUUAGAGUGUGCAUACAUUUGCGUUUGAGAAAGAUCAAAAGUGUGUGGGCAAGAAGGUCAAACUCAUAAAGGUCUAAUCUUUUGAAUGAAACAGCCGGAUGUUUCACAUCUGCAAAUUAAGGGAGUGUUGUAGAACAUAAUUCAGUGUUUAGUUUUGUGUUUCCCCUUUUUUGGUUCGUUUGUAUUCUUUGGACAGUGAUCUUUCUGGACAAAAUUCAUAUUGACAAAGAAUUGAAACAAAUUUUGCUUCAGCACGUUGUCAGUGCAAAAAAGUUUUGGACUGCCAUUCCUGAAUACUGUUUUUAAAUGUUCGACAUAGAUACCUCAAAUUAAUUUCAAAAUCACAGUCCUUCAACUCUAUGAAGGAAAAAGCUAAUGCCCUCUUUGUGCCUAACUCAAUCUUGCAGAAAAGUGCAACUUUUAAAACGACACCUUCCUCAAAAAGGACAUUUUAUCUUUCCACAGUUCACACAUCCCUUCUCUGGUCCUACCUGUGUUGUGCCGUUGGCCUCUGUCCUUUAAAGUCCUCCGAGAAUAAAAAGUCUCCACUCUUUCACCUCUCCCUUUCCCGGAGAUCCCAGUGAUGUGGACAUUCCAUCCGGAAAACCAAACAUUAUGAGAAGUGCUCUGCACAUCGAGUCUCACUCGCAGUCAGUGGCGCCCAUUACAUCAUCAGCAAGUCCUUAUAUGGGACUGUACAGGCUCUACUGCUGUGUGCAUGUGUGCGUGUGUGUGCUUGCUUGUGUGAGUGUGUGUUUUUACUGGAGUUCAGCCCAUUCCAGAUGAGGUCAUUGUGUAGCCAUGCCAAAGAGGCUAAUGGGAAGGACAGUGUGUGUGUCUGUGUGUAUGUGUGUGUGGAAAGAAAACCUUCAAUCACAAGUCAAACUGCAAAAGUUUACACUCCCAGUUUGCAGGAUUAGCCUGAGCAAACAUGUUAACUAUGCCACAUGAGUGCCGGGUCUAACUUUGUAUGUAUAAGGAACUGAAGCUUGACUAAAAGCAUGCAUACUGUAUGGUUUGUGUGUGUGUGUGCGUUUGAUUGUGUGAGUGUGUGUGUGUAAUUGCUGUUCCCACAUUUAAGAGGAGACAUGUUUUGUGAGUUGUAGCUGCCUUGCCUGGGGCUUGAUAACCUGACUGUAAGAUGACAUCAUCAGUUCAUCGCCCUCAACUACAUCCAUAUGUCUCUGUCUUUUCUCCCUCCCUCCUUCCCACAUCGCCUCUCUAUCUUUCUGUCAUUCUGUUCUUUACCAAACUGCUUUUGCACAAAGGGCUGUUUGUUUUUGCAACUGUAAUUUUUACCUUCCUCUCGCCAUCAUCAGUUUCUUCUGUAUCCCUGCGCUCUGUUCCAGAUUACUCAAGUCAAACCUCUGCGCUCAGUGGCGCAGGGAGAGAUGACAGAUUAUACUCCUGUUAUUCUCACUGCUAGUCUCAUCUGUCACCAGAGGAGUGACAACAAUCACAAUGGAAAAAUAAAGGAUAUAUUUUAGCUGACUGGAUGAUAGUACUUCCACAGUGCAGCGGGAGUAACAAAAUCAUGUAUGUCUGUGUGUGACAAAUGCUCCCCUCUGGGAACAUUUACUAGCAUUAUGGCUCCAAGUCCUCGCUUUCACUGGGAAAAAUACCUCUGGUGGUAUUUCUUUCUGUCAAGCAGCCCAUCUAGUCCCCAAUUAAAUGAGAACUAUUUCCCCUGUGUCAUGAUGUCAUCACACAGGAAUUCACAAAACAGCCAAAAAGACCCACUUUAGCUUCACUUUUUUGACGUUUAUGUUCUGAGGGGUUUUAACACCAGGCUUCGGAGUCAGUGUUGACCGAUCAUGUGUUUAAACAGGGCAGUGAAAGCUAGGACCACAGUGCCAACAAUUUUUACCACAGUAGAAGGCAGACCUCAUUAAUGCUGUGGAUCUCUAUGCUGAAAGAUGGGAUCAUGUUGUUAAACCAUUCACGUCAGAGAAGAGGAAUAAACCCACAGUUUACAAAUGUGCAAACAUUGUCUCCAUGGUUAUUGAGAGUUUCUGUCCAGUCCAGAUUCAGCAGCUCUGUUCUGUCACAACAGAGUUGUUUGAAAGCAUCGGUGAAAGCUCGGCUAGUGGCUCCUCCUAAAGUCCUGUGCCACCAAAGUUCAUCAGAAAGUCAUUCCAUUUAUUAAAUGGAUAAAAUAUAGAAUGAUGUCUCUUACUGAGCUACAAAAGCAAUAAAACCACCAGCCUGAAGACAAGCCGUUUAUAUGAGGUCAUUUUUAAUAUCUGAAACUGCUGAGAGGGGGGAGUAAUACAGGCAAAAUUAAGUUUACUUUAAAAAAAAAAACAACUUUUAGGCGUGAGAAGGUCAAAUCUCAAUAUUCCUUAAAGCAAGAAAGCUUGCUUUGACCAUAUUGGGACACAAGCUUUAGACCAAAGUAUGUGUUAAUUUACAGAUGUACGAUUCCCGUUGAAGUCACCAUUCCUGCUGUUAAGUUGGCGUCACACAGCACUGCCCCUGUCGCCUAGAAUUGGGUUGCUAACUGGCUAAGCUAAGCUAGCUUGCUUUGCUAACACCAUCGCCAACAUUUUAAAGAUAAAUUCAAGUAUCCAUGCAUUUGUCUUUUGUUACAUUUGUACAGUUUGCAAUUACGUUUAAACAACGUACUGUUAAUUAACAGUGUAAUAUUUGACUGUUCAGAAGUCUGCCAUCUCAUUUGAAUUGGUGCCCAAAGAAUUAUGGGAUAAAUCGAGUUACGUGCCUUUGUAAUUAGACAUUAAUGCAGCUUUCAAAUGCAGCUUUCGAGGCUGCAGCUCCUGAAUUGGGACCGUUAGCUCAGCGUUGUUGUUUUUUUUUGCCAAAGUCACAUGAUCAAUCAGCUCCUUCUCCCUACCCCUUUAAAAGCCACAACUAUCAUAAAUGUGACUUAUCAUGUUGUUCAAGUGGAUGAUUUAGAAAGGAAAAGAACUUACAUCUUUACCAGCGUUCUGCAGAUAGCUGAUGGAGUAUUUUUGGCUGUAUUUGCAGCACUUACCUUUGUUGUCCUUAAAUGUAAACACUUCUAAUCAAAGGCUGUGCAGCUUUGAUAUUUUGAGCGACUGACUCUGCCAGGUUACCUUAUUUGAUGAGGUAAGGACUCUUUUCAGCACCUGGUUGGCGUCCUCUGUAAUCCCAUAAUUGAUCGAUUAACACUGCUGGCUGUCUCUUUCAAAGUCAGAGUACACGUUGGUUGAUCACAUUCCCAUUUGACUUUUUUUUUUUUUUUUAAUCCAGCAGCUAUCACCUGGUGUUGAUUCUAUUCAACUUCCAUUUGUGGUGUUAUUUAAGAUUACAUUAGAUGUUGUUUCAGCAUUUGUCUAACAUAGUUUUUUUAUGACAGUCAGUGGACUAUGCUUCUUUGUUUUUAGAAAUCCCCAAUGUUAAAUUAAUGUAGAGAAAAUGUGUAAGGUCAUGCAAGUCAUUUAGAAGCCAAUGAUAUUGUCAGCACCUAACUUUGUUACCCAUUUUUCUUGGUUUUGAUCAAUUUUUGCUGUCAAAACUGACUAGAAAUAUCCAGCUUAUCUCGGAGGGAAAAUACUUGAAUAUAAGACAAAGUGUCACUACUUGUUUACCUAAUGUUUGUAUUUUACUUUAACAAUUUUUAAAUUGAAAGGAAACAUCAAAAUGUAGAAGGUCUGCUCUGAAACCAGUUUUCAAGAUGUUGCCAAAAAAAGAAGUCUUAUAUUCUGACAUUUGUUCCUUUGAAAUGGUACAUCACUGAUCUUAGUCAACAUUUGUCAUGCCCUAAACUUAUUUUGCUCUCUCAAAUUAUAGUUUAAAAGAUUGUCCAUCUGUACUGUUUAUUCUGUAAAUGAGUAUAGGUGUUGAAGCGUUCCUUAAAUCUAUGACGUAUACUGCUGUUUCCGAUACAACACUGCUAAUGGACCGAAAAACUUCAAGGAAGUCUGGUCGGUUAAAGACAACUCCCAGUUGGUCGUGUUUCAUGCAUGCUCAUAUCAAACAAAGGCACUUCACCCCUUACAAAUACUUGAUUAUCAGAAGAAUUAUUUAAUCCAAAUAAUUUUUCUGUAAGGAAAAGGCUCGCUCGGACGAGGAAGUCUUCUGUCGUGGAAUCUAAAAAAGAAAAUCCUCCUCUCUUCCUCAGAUUCCUUUCUGCAGACCAACUCCCAAACCAGAGUUCAUGAGGUCCAGUUUCUCUUCGAGGAGGAGUUGGCAUCUGUAGCGCUUGUCCUCAAUUACAAGAAUGAUCCGGACCCCUCAAAGGCGUUUCUUUUCCAAGAAAACCCACAAACAUGGCCAAUAUGUAAUAUGGCCCUUUAUAUGAGAGGAGCACUCUCGCUGUUGUCAGACCUCCUAUUUUCAUCCAGGGGUGUAAUUUGCAGAUAUUGAGUUUUUUUAGCCUCUGCCUUCGACAAAUCCUCCAGUUGUACCGAAAACUGCUAUGUAGGGUCAGAGAAAAGCCAUAUUGCAGAUGUAAAAAGAAAAGCAGCUGCUCCACGCUUUCUUCUCUUCAUUUAUCAACAAGUUUAAUAAAACUGCAGGAAUGACUAAGCUGACCUCAUAUGCUUGGUACAGCUAAUAAAUGAGCCCAGCAGCUUGCGAUCAUAACAGCAGUUCUGCUCUGAAGUGGUGCACUGCCAGACUCCUUUGGUAAUUUAUGCACAUCUUCUACUGACACAUUAUUGGCCGAGCCGGCAGAUGGUGGAUUUGAGUGUGAGGGAUGGACAGAACAGCUGUGGGUUUCCGCUACGGCAUAGCCAAGUUUACUUUGUUCCUUUCCAAAGAGCAAGAUCUUCAAAAUGUCUCCACUGCCUGUUGGCGAUGUCAACGCUGCAACCCUAAAAGUGGCAAAUGUUGCUGUACACUUGUUAAUGUCUUUCGGUAGGUCCAUAUUCAUGAAAUAUCUCAAUAAGUACUUGAUGGAUUUAGAGACCUUUGUACAGAUGUUUAUUUCACACAGCAGAGAUAUUCUCCUGAAGUUUACAUUUUGGCCAAAUAUCUCCAUCACCAUUGGAUCAGCUGCCAUGACAAGUACGUGACAUUUACAUCCUUGAUCAGACAAAGCACAGUGAAGUUGGUGGUUGGCUUGUAGUUGAAUCAAUUGUACUAACGUUCGUGUGACAAACCCCUGCCAUUUUUUUCAUGUUGCUGUUCUCAUAAAUUGGUUGUACAGCAGAUGCUACAAUUUCAGGCUGAAAGUUUUCCCUCUAUUAAGCGCAAGCCAGUUUGUAGCAACCAAUUAGCAGAAAUUAGGUUUCAUUGAUCAUGUGAAAAUAGGAGGGAGUCUUGGCCCACAGGCGUGGGGACAUGAAUUUGAAGAACAACAGUACGUAGGAGGUUGUUGACACAUGGUUUUCUUCUCUUGGGAAAAUCAAACAAACAAACAGUUUGACACAAAAGAACUGAAAUAUUAUUUUCUGUCUUAUCUCCCUUGAGCAACCAGUUUACUUAUUCAAUGUUUUUCUAAAUCUCUAGAAAACUAUCAGAUCUUUGCCAAUAUAAAAAAGCCUGCCACAAUCCUAUUGUGAUUUGUUUAGAGCCAGGAGCCAGCGACCGAUUUCAGAUAUAAUUUUGUACUUAAUUAAAAAACUAAGCAUAACAAGUCAAUCGCAGAAACACCUGUGACGUGCAGCCUUUUGUGCUCAGGUUUUUGAAAGCACUUUGUAAAUCAAAAAGGGAGUCCAGUGCUAUCUGAGCGUCUGUAUUCUAAUCAUCAUUGUAACUAUACCGAUGUUUGAAGGGUAUAGUGACGAAAACUGAGGUUAUGGUGCAACCUAAAGAUGCAUUUAGAGUUGUUUUGUUGGCUAAAUUCAAAGUCAUGGCUAGCGAGGGCAUUCCUACGUAUGUUCCCACAUUUCUAACAUUUUUUUUACACUGUGGAUACACAUAACAUCACACUAUAGACAUCUUUUUUACGUAUUUACAGGGAGGUGUUGUUGCAGCAGAACAUGCACCGUGUGAUAAAUCUCAAAUGUGGGAAUAUAGGACUGUCGGAACAUAGGGUUGUGGGAACAUAGGCAUGGAUCCAUGGUUAGCUUAGGAGUAGAAAAGUUACUUUUUCUUGUAAUGGCAGAUCCAAAAAUCUGAUUUUAUCUAGCAUAGAAAGAAAUCCCAGAUCUUAUUUGAAGUGGGAGAUUUGACAUCUGUUGCACCGCUGAUAUUUUUCAGAUACUUUUAUGGCAUAAAAAUUGUGAAACAGUUUAACUCAUCUCCAUUGGCCUCCACCAGAUCAGAUGUAGCACAUUCACAUAAGGUGAUGAUCACUGUAAACACAACACUAAAUUUGAGUCAAAAUGUCAGUAGAGAAGCUAGCAUGGUGGUUCAUCGUCUGCACUCUCAAAGAUGGCGUAUUGAAAAGAGGGGCCACAUCAGUCCAGAGUGAGAACAUGAUGGAGCUUAAAAGUGGUCUGCGGGGUUAGGAUGGUGCCUGUGGGGGCUUUGUGAUUCAGAGUUUGAGUGAACAGAUGAGAGCAUAGAUGUCCUGUGUGUGUUCAACAUGUGUGUGCGGUAAAUCCUGUGAUGCUGUCAGCAUGGUGACACAGAAGGAAACGCACACAGGGACUCAGAGCAUGUUCUGAUAGCUGAGGUUGGAACACCAGAUCGCUGCAUUGUGAUGUGCAGAUGUAAUCAUCCUUUGACACGCAAAGGGGAUCCUUCUGUGGCAUAAAGUGAUUAUAUGCCGUGACUGGAAUUUAGCGUAUAGUUGCAGCUAAAACAGGUCAUCUGCUCCACACAUGGCACCUCGUGAAGAUACUUUUUCAGGGGGGAUGAAAAGAGAGGGAUGCAGUUUUUGAACCAGGCUGGCUCUCUUGACUCAGAGCGUAUACUUUGAAAAGAAACGGGGAGGGAGAUUGAAAGAUAGUUGAAAAGGAGUUGGAAAGGGAAUUCUUUCAGUUAAAUAUUUAGGCUACUGCAGAGCGGGAUGUAAGAAAGACAGGAUGAAGAGGGAGAUGAAAGGGACAGGCGUAUCGCCAUGUGCAGUGUGUUGUUUACCCUGUGGAUAAAUGCAAGCAGUGACUCAGCUUAAACCUGUUUGUGCCAAGCUGAAAGAAGCUGAAGCACAGCUGGGAACACAAACGGAGGGAAUAUAAACUCUUUUCAAGUGUGCUUCUGAAGAAAUUUAAAUAAAUACGGGAAAGGAGCAUUGCUGUGUGCAUUGAUUGUGCAUUUUGCAUUUAGAUCAUUUGUGUGUUUUUAAGGGUGCAACUACCACAUUUUCUUAAACGGGAUCGAGGUCAUUUGUUUGUCUAGAAAAUUUCGCCAAGGUUUUUAUUUUAGCCUAAGGUGACAUCAUCUGUUUUUUUCAGACUGACAACAAAAUCUUCAAUUAACAACACAACAGGAAAAAAAAAAGAGCAUGAUAAAAACUUGUGAAACCAUAGCAGAUGGUGUGAUGUUGUAUAAAAUACACAAAGUAUUGUUAUUUUAUAAUGUAAAAUUAGUAGCUUAGACAAUUGACUUAGGGAUUAAUCGCCUAAUGGUUUCACCUCUCGAUCAGAGAACAGCAAAGGUAGGAUUAGACAGAUUAAGUUACACAGAGCUAUUUUGGUCUUGAUGCAAACAAAAGCUUGUUGAUAUCCCCAGUGGUCAAACUUCACAUCAACGUCAGAACUGUUAUUGUGCUGUCAGCUCUUAAUCUGUUUUUCUGAUAAGUUCAAGUGCUGCAUCUUGAACACGUGUUCAUGAUGGGAAUUAAUGAAGGAGGGCAGGCAGGGAGAUGAAAAUCCUCUGUUCAUGCAGUCAGGAAUGCAUGAGCCACACAGGGUUCACCCUGCACCACAGACAUGCUGUCUACUCAUGUAUUAAUCAUCAUUAGGCCGAGAUGAACCUCAAAAACCUUCAUGUGUGCAUGUUUUGGGUUUCCACUCUGUAUAUGGAUACACUGGAUUCUCGUAAACUUGAUCACUACUGGCAUGACUAUUUCUGGCCUUUAAUUGCGUGUGUGCCUGUUGUAGAUCAGUAAAGUGUUUUUCACUUUGGCACACAGAUGCAGACAACUAGUCUCCUCCCAAGGCUGAGAGCCCAGUGCGGGUCCAGUCUCUACACAGCAAGAUUACAGAGUGGACUCCGAUGGUACGUGAGCCGAGACGAGCAGGAGCUUCAACACAACAGCCCCGCCGUUGGCUUCAAAUUGAACAACCUCUAUGUCAAACCGAGCUAAACCCAGAGGCCACAUCUAAAUAUUCUCUGUACUUUGGACCAGAAUCUCUCUAUCCAGCAGAAAAGCCUCAGCCCAUUUACUUAGUUGAAAAGAGGGCUUCAUCCUUCGCUGUGUGGUUCUGUUGAAAUGGGCAGAAGGGUGCCAAUUUAGUCCGUACAUGUAAUUGCAUAUGAGUGCAUCUUUAUGUGUUUACAAGAAAGAGAACAGAGCCAAGCAGGCCACAAGGUCUAACCAAGUCAAGGAUGUAAUGGACUAUGUCUAAGAGAAGGAACUCUGAGUACCGUCUUGAGGUCACUGGGUUGGUAGAAAAAUGAAGCAGCAACCAGUGCCUUCGCCCUCAGCCAUGAAGAGCAUUACUAAAAGUAUCUAAGCCUGCACAAGUGAACAUCACAGAGCUCUGAUCUGGCUUGUCCCAGCGUGCUGAAAGACUUUAAUCCCUUCGCCUCUUCUACACUAGCUGUAAAUCCUCAUCUCUUUUACAUUAGAGGGAUUCUGAAAGGCAUGGAUAUUUCUGCAGGUCUAGCCUUAGCCCAGACUACCAAUUUGGUGGAAGCUGUAAAAUAUAAAUCUUUGCAUACGCAUUCAUCUGAAACUCAAGGGUUUGGUUCACCAACCUCUCUCUGUCUUGCUCCAGUAGAGUGGUCAGGCAGUUGCUUUUAUGGAUUAAAGCCCUGUGGCUCCUCUCUUGCUCCUCUAGCUUGCGUAGAGUGCUGCUGUGGGAGCGAGAUACCUCCAGGAAGUGCUCCAGCAUUUGUUUUGAUGAGUGCUUCUGGGCCUCCAUGAGGUGAUUGAGCUGAGUGAAAAUAAAAAGCAACAGAGGUGGCUGUAAAAAGGACAAUAGAAGUGUACUCGAACUCAUAUUAUGGAAAUACCCAAAUAGUUUUGUAGCAGUCAUGUGCCUCUAACAGCCUUGAGCCAGGGGUUCAUCCUGAAAACUGAUUGAUUGGUGCUUGAAGACUGUUAUGAUAAGGAAAACAGCUACACCUUUGUUCUGAUUGGUCCCAAGUCUGUGCUUGGAUCAGCUGUGUUAAAAAGUGCUAGCAACAGACACUUUCAGCUGAAUAGAAAUAUCCAUCAGGGCUUUUAUGGUCUCUUAUGGGCUCCUACAGCUUCUUGGAGGAUGUCUGUGAUGUUCUGGUUAAAUUGUUUUAUAGUCACAUGUAGGGCUGGGUGAUAAACCGCAAAUUUACUGAUACCAAAAUUUACGACAAUAACCAACAUCACUUUGCCCAUAUCGGUACAUUCAGUGUCAAGAAAAAUAAAUAAAUCAAAGUUGGUUUUGGAUGUAUGUAGGUAGGCUAUGGUCUCAUGACCCUUUAAGACGCUGUCCUACGUCACAGACGUGACUCCAUCCCAUCCAGUUCAUCUGUUUAUCGAUAUCAAGGUGAACUGCUCAAUAUAUCGUGAUAUUGGUUUGAGGCCAUAUCGCCCAACCCUACUUGUUUUGCUCAUCAGUCCCUUGUUAUUAGAAGUCAUCAUUAUUAUUAUUAUUAGGUUAUUCUGUAGGAGGAAACAUCAUGGCGGAUGAUGAUACUUUUAAGGGGAGCUGCAGCAGUCACACUUAUGUUUUCAGUUGUGACUUUGUACUCCUGGCAGUGGAGGAGCAACAGCAUGACAGGCUGUCAACUUAACUGAACAUCAAAAACCACAAAAGUUAAUGUGAUGGUAGUAGAGAACGGUGUUCGAAACAGAGGACAUGGUGAGGUUAAAUAAGUCCACUCUGGUUGUUUGGCUGCUCCAGCAAUGACCCUCAGAAAAGUUGCCUUGAGCACUUAAAACCAGACUAUCAAACGUUUUGAGGGGGGCAAGCAUAGUGAACGUCCGGGGGCUUACCCCAGACCUAAAAACCACAAAUCCCAAAUCAUAUCUACUUUAACUUCCAUAUCUCACUCACUUACAAAAUGUCUUCUAUCCUACACAUUUUUAACUUGUGUCUAUGCACAUGGUAGAAAUAUUUUUUAUGGACAUAUCACAAACUUAAUCCUCCUCCCUAAAGUCUCUGAGAUACAGCCAUUUUCUUAUCACACUGCACUCUUCAGGCACAAAGGAUGACUGUCUCCUGAUAUUACUGCUGACUACUUCCUUAAGUCUUUAGAAAGAAUCUAUACAAACACAGCAGUUAUGUAGCAGUAUUGAACAAUUCAGCAGCAGACCCAAAGGCUUUGUUUCCAGCAAAUCACAACAGUGGCUCUUCUUCUUCCUUCACCUUUGCUCUUUGGAAUUAUAUCCGCCCAAAUGGUUUUAGCUGAGCUUUUGACAUUUAAGAUUGUUGAGGCAAAUUAAUUGAGAAACUUGUCACUCAAAAUGUUUGAGAGACCUUGCCAUCAACAAUCGUAAAAAAAGUUUUGCCCUGAAACUUGUUCUCUAUGGAGGUUAAAACCACAAAUCAGGAGGAAAUCAUCCUUCAAUUAACAAGUUUGAAAUCUAUGCAGAAGCAUAAACGCGGCACAUGUAACACCUGUAAGGGCAAAUAACAAAUUUGUGCAAUGAAGCAGCAGGAAUGGAUGCUCUGUUGUGAGACAGUAAUGUAUUCACCUCAUUAAAUUAGAUUAUCUGCUCCAUCUGGUGUCUAUUUUCUCACUAUUGACUGUUAGUACCUCAGCAAUUGGAUUUUUGUACACAUCCUGCAGGUGGUCCUGUUGGGCCUGGAGGGAGUCUCUCUGCAGGGCACGGAGCACCUUUUCUGGUCCACCAAAACCAUAUUGAGCCCCCAAUCGAGCUGGAUCUAUGUUCUCAGAUUUCAACACAGCGAUUACUUCAUCUCUGGCCUGGAGGGACAAACAUUGCAGUUAAACAAUUAAAUGUAAUUUGAAAACAGAGCUGAAGAGGUAAUAUAUUUCCUCCAUAAUGAUAAUAAUAAAGCAGUGUGGUAAACACUUAAAAUAAGCUGUAAACAGACUGCCUCCAGUAUCAAGAUAAGCCUAUGCAAGAGGCAGCUCAGCUCUCGACCCCCAAAAAACUGCACAAGAUCCAUUCCCGGUCUCAGUAAAGUCCGAAGCAGAGGUUUGAUUUAUAUUGAUGGGUUUUUUGUCGUCAUAAACCUUUGACUCUUCUAUUUGGGGGUAACUUUUGAGUCUGAAUAUUUUGAGUUUUAGUGGUGCUCAAUUCCACUGACUAACAAAUGCUGCGUAUGAAAAAAGACAACUGACCUGUAGCUCUCCCUCCUGAAUACUCAGCAGAAAUAACAAGUCAUCUCGGGACAGGUCCUCUCUUCUGCGUCUGCUGGUCCACCUCCUGUCUCGCAUUUUGGCACUUGGUUUAUCAACUUUUCAGCGUUUGAAGGCUGAGUGCGAUAGAAGGGAGACUUAUUGUCGUGUUUCUUUACUCCUGCUCGGCAGAAAUCAAUUUGGCCUCUUCCAAGUGGGUGCAGCACUGCUUUGAACCCGCCUAGAGGAACAAGAAAUGAUUGAAGGACAAGAGGAAUAACACAGGACAGAAAAAUAAAUGGGUGCUUUGGACCAAAGAAGCCAAACUAUUUGUCUUUGCAGGGCAAAGUGCUGAUUGCUCGACUCAAGUAAAAGACAAGCUGAUGCAGAUUAUAUAAGCCUGUAUCGGCUAAUCCAAAAUCAGAGGCCUCUUGUCAUAACAGUUAGCAUUACCGAAGCAGAAAGGCCUGCGGCUGGCAUUACUCUGUGUGAGGCUUAUGUCAUCUCAUAUUCUUACUCUUAGCACAUGUACAGAAUCCACUGUGGUCCCGGUAGACAAAAGAGUUUCCUGAAAGUAAGACAUUGAUUACUGACCACAUGAGAGCAAGAUGUGUGUGUUGCAGGGCAUGUAUGAGCUCUUUGAAUCACAUCGGCUAAACAGUUCAGGCUAGCCAGAUUAUCUGACUUGUUUCUCCUCCCAUAUUCAGACCCAGAAAGCAAGCAGGUUCUUAUUAGCGAGAGAUGAGGUAACCUCUCUGCUCUUCGGCUCUGCCUCUCUGCUUCGAGCUCUCACAGUGGCCGGGAACGCCUUCUAUUCCCUCAUGUUGGUCAAGUUUCAUAGGAUAAGUAACUAAAGGCACUUGUGUUUCUCAUUCUGUGGAAAUUGUGAUAAGCAAUCAGGCAAACUAUUAGCUGUUAUGUCUCAAGGUCUUGUUAACUGCAGUUGUUUUAAGACUGUGAUUAAGACCUCCUCAGAGCUUUUACUGCUGUUGUUAGAAACACUGUUACUAAACAGGAAAGAAAGCAGCAAUACUUUCCCUCUUUCCCUCCUGCUCUGUGCACAGACAGGCAGCAUCUGCUCGUUGUCAUCAAGGCCUCCGAGCAACCUUGGGUGCCUCUAAACAAGAUGAACACUGGUACAUAAGAGUCAGACAUUGCACAAGACAAGCACCAAACAGAAGGCAGCCCUGUAGCUUUUUCAUACUGUAGCCGUUAACAUGUUUGUGAGAGUGUUUGCUUCUAUGAUAGAUGGUGUUUUCAUUGACAGGAGCAUUUUCUCUUGGCCCCUGUGUGGAAAGAGAGCGAUAAUGUCAACCUCCCUCCCAUCCUCUUGAUAUGCUCUUUGUAUAAAUCAGGGAAAAUGACGAACUGUCCCAGCUGUCUCUGUAUUUCUUAUCCCCACUUGUUUUUAACUGUAGACAGGAGUGAUCGCUUUUAUUUGGUCACCUUGAAGACUGUCUAACCAGUCAAAUCAUAUGUGUAUGAGUUUGAUUCCCAAAAUAUCUCCUCUCUAAAAUUAAAGUAAUUACAUCUUCAAUUAUUUUGUGUUCUUUGUCUUUAGAAGACCAGUUUCAAAGACAGAAAAUGGUUGUGGGUUUACUGCCUGAAGCUUGAAAUGGUUAAGCUUGGAAUUAGUCAAGAUGACGGUAUGCAAUGGAGUUUAUGUUAGUCAGUGCUCAUGUCUUCUGCGGUUGCUUGAGGCCUGUUUUCUUGAGAAAGGAGUAUCGCCACUUCAGUCCUUUUUCCUUCGCUAGACCGUAUCCAUGGUUCCAAGUCUGACCAUAACUGAGUACAGAACAUUUGCUGGUUUUACUUGCAGACACCACAGUUAACGCAGUAUCAGAGGCUGACACAAGUAAUGGUUUUGAAACAACCUAUUUGGAGUCGCACAAUAUCAUCGGUACAAUAUUGAUAUUGGCAGAUAAAAGUCUGAAAGGUUGACUUUUGCUGCUUUGAAUAAAAAUUUCCAGAUGUAUUUUUGCAUGUAUGUGCAGACAGCUAAAGUGUUAUUUGUGGUGCUUAUGACACUGUUAGUAGCUUUUAUUUCAGUGAAGAAGCACUAAAGUGACCACCAAAAAGAAGAAAAGCUAAACAAGAAAAUCAUCAAGUUAAUUGCUUUUGAAAAACCAACCUUUCAGCAUAGUGGGAGAUGAUAGCUGCAGGGUAGUGUAAGUACAUUAUUAUCCAGCAAAACAAUUGUGCACUUGAAUCAGAAUCAGUAUGGAUAUUGAUGUCCGUAUCAAUACCAAUAUUGGCCACAGUAGGUUUAAAAACAUCAGCAUAUCCAACAUUGGCAAAAAUCCAAGCUGUGCAUUUUUUCUGCUUACAAAGACGAUUGGUUGGGAUUAGUGACUAAAGACUUCCCUUAAGAUUAAAUAUAUUGAGCCUUUAUAUAAUGAGACAUUCAACAGAACUGAUGUGAUUUGCUGUUCAUAUUUUCCGUCGUGAUCAGGGGUCUGUUUUCUUUGAAUGUGAGUGUUAAGCCAACCAGAGUUCAUUUUCUUUGCCCAUCCAGUGUUUCCAUUUAUAUAAGCAGUCAAGCCAUGACAUGUGCUUCAGUGUCAUUGGCCUUUAAUUGACUAACAGUGAUGAGGUCUGGACACCUAACAGACACACACUCAUACACAAACGAUAACAUGAGUCAGACUGUUCUUUUUUUAGUGUGGUCAUGGUGUCUAGACAAGCACAUGCAUACAGAUGUCUCAGCACACUCCCACACCAUGCCAGCAUGUGAAAAUGCCUCCAAACGUGAGUUCUGGCUUUGAGCCAGAGUCAGCCUCAAUAAUAGUUGCCAGGGCUGCCCCCGUGGGGACCCUCCUCUGGCAGGCAGGCUGGCAGCUGCACAUGUGGCUGGCCGCCUCUGUUUAUUUAUCCAAACACCACCCAGGGCAGCCAGCAUUCCUGCAUCACUCCUGCCUAAAGGCUGCAGGCUGCCCCCAGAAUAAACCAAUAACACUUAUUCUCAUUUACUGCACUGCUUCCCAACCAAAACCUGGUCUACAGAUGCACACAGGUGGCAUCUAAUACAAAAGAGUAAAGUCCUGGACUGGAACCAAGUCCAACUUUAGCCUGGCUAUUGUUAGCUUGUUGUCGUUACAGCCUCUCACUCCUCAUGCUCACUCUACCCCUCUGCUUUACUUACACACACACACACGCUCUUCCUGCUCAUCUUUAAUUCAACAGCUCUCCAUUCUCUACCUGUAGCAGGACGGCCAUGGCAAGUCCCUACUGAACACAUUUUUCGAGAUUUGCAACAUCAGGCAGUACAACAAGUCAACAACAGUUUUUUUUGAUAGACAGCAUGUCUAGAGAUUUCUCACUAAGCCUUGCGGACUAUUAUGAAAUUAUGAUUUCUUCUCCUGUUUUAAAUCUCUCGGGUUUUUGUUUCAGAGUAAGUAAUUAAUUGUCCAUCAGUCAAACUUUUUGCAAUUGUAAUUGGCUUUCUGUCUCUUGUGUACUUAAAUCUUUUGCUGACAACUGACCAUGAAAUGUGUCCUUAAAACUGAAAGAAAGACUGACUUUGAGACUGUUUCAAAAGAGGUAAACAAGUGACGUCAGCAUUUUCUAAUUUCCUCAUCAGGAGGGAAGGACAAAGUUGUUUUCGUCAAGUACAUCUUAAAGUGACUCUGUAAGUAAUCGGGCCUUUGUCUUGUGUAAUCUGGUGCCUAAUUCAGUCACAAAGGGGAUUGAGAUACAAUCCCAUUUAUACAAUAGGAUCAGUUAAAAAGGUGAGGAAGGUGAGACAAAGCCGUGGAGACAAACAAAGCUGGAACAGAAAUGUUCACCUUCUUACCAUUUAACUCAUCAAGCUAAACCUUGGAAGUGUAGAUAAAUACAGUUAGUGAUUGAUGCCCACAGUCACAGUAUUUUCCUGAGGUAUAUGAUGACUGGUGCAGUGUCAUAUCAUUGACUGAGAUUACAAAAAACACUACCAAGAUAAAAAAAAGAAAAAAACCUUGCUCUUAAGUAAAAGCUUAAGCAGGAUGAACACAUGUGCAACAGAUGUCAGGUGUUCAGAGAGGACAGAGUUUUAGAAUAGUUAAACACAAGGGACUUACACAUGUGUGUGCAAUCUGUUAGUUCUAUCCAGGUACUGUUAUUUGAUUGGUGUGAAGGCAUCCAAUUGUUUCAAAGCACAAAGCUGGACUUUGGACUCUGAAUAUUACUCCACCUUGAGUCUGGUUUGUGCUUCUACAUUGAAACUACCUCAUGUGUCAUAGGACUGCAUAGCUCUGUACCUGAGCCCACAUACACAGCCUGUGACUGGCCGGCAAGGUAGCAUCAUAUCACUUCUUUUUGCAGUGACUGCUGUAUGAUCAUCUGCCUCUCAACAUUUAUCAGCUCCACAUCUCACACUUUAUGUGUGGAGUCGCUGUGGUUUCUUGUAUACAAACAAGCUAGAAUGGAAACUGGCGAUAGGACUAGGCUGGCGAACUAGAUGGAGUAUUGAAGAACAAUACUGACGUAGGCCACUAUCUAAAGUAAAGUAAUUAAUCAUAUAUUUAUUUAUAUUUAUAAUCAUUUCUGAAAUUACCAAUAUUCACAUUGAUGCAAGACUGACACGUUUAAUAUUGUGUAGGGCUGAAAAGAUUCCUCGAAUACCUUGAGUACCUCCAUUACAAAUAAUGAUCGAAGAAUUUUCUCUUCCUGGAGUACCUGUUUAUAAGCUCAAAUCGUCACUGUUUCGCAUGGAUUCUUUUGAAGGUGACACAAUGCGGUUACAUCACCACGGUAGAAGGAGGAGCAAGCGCUGUUUAGGUUCUGCGGAGCGGAAAAAAUAAAUGAUGAGAGGGGCUUGUCUUGCAGUGUUGCCAACCUAGUGACUUUCCUUACUGAGGAGUUGGCAACACUGUUUUCUUGUGCAGAGCUCCAGUAGCUCAUUAGCACUUAACCUCUGAGUCUUGGGUUAAGAUAGCGCUGCUCUGCACACUUCUCUUCACGCUAGCUUGUAGCCUAACAUUGCUGGGGUCGUAGCAGAAGCAGGUCACAUCAGAGCUAUUCAGCUCUCGGACACUAAUGUCUUUAGGGGCAUGAUGAAAGUUAAUAUCAUAAUUAGCUUUCUUACGAGCAUUGCAAUCCGCUAAUGCACACGCGUGUUCCGCAAUUGUCCUCUAUUUCUCAGAGUCUGGCCUUCCUUGCGGGGCUAUAAGAAAUCUAACUUUAUGUAAUCGAUAGAAUAUUCGGUAGAAAACUUGAUUACUAAAAUAUUUGAGAGCUGCAGCUCUAAUAUUGUGGUUUAUUAUGCCUGAAACUGGUGCGAUGGGGUAGGUAUCAGCCAAGCAGCUGCAGAAAUAGCUCUUUUUUUUAACCAUGUUCAAAUAAAGGAAAGUAAUUAAUGACACAUUUGACCAUAAAAAGCCAGCAGGAUGAGAUUCUUUAUCAUGAGACACUAAUUAAGCAUGUAGAGGACAAAGAGGCGCCAAAACUGACCCGGACUAAAAGUUACUUACAGGAUCUUUAGUGACAAAUAACAUCAUGUGUAAAAGACAGUGUAAGUGAUCUGUGGUAAGGUUUACACUAGGUAACAGAGCAGGUAAAUAAUAAUGUAAUAGUAAUACUCCCUCUUGUUUUAUAUUGAUUAAUAAAGAAAAAAAUGCAGGCGUAUCUGAACUAGUUUCACUGUCUUAAAGCUUCAUUACUGUACUGAGCAGAGAUAGAAGCGCAGUAUUUUCAACCCCCUAAAGAGCAAAUAACCUUACCUAUGAUCCCGAGGUUAUUUCAAUUUAAGAGCCCUUCACUCUUGUGCAACUUAUAUCUGCUUUAUAUGCACCUGUCAUGGAAGGCUGGCUUAUCCUGUCCCCUGCAGUCCUCUUUGGCCUCCAGUUUGGCUGAUGUACGUCUUGGCUUCAGCACAGUGCUGCAGGCAUGUUCUUAACUGAAAAAUUAUAUCGCUAUUAUACCAGCAGUGAGAGAGGAGGAGAUGUUGAACAGCCUAUAAAUGUAUUCUGUCACCAGAAAUGCUCGGUGCUUCGCUUGUUGGUCUUUAUGAUUAUGAGCAUGGUUAGGCUGAGCGUACUGCUAAAUGCUUCAUACUAAUGACUUAAGCAUAAACUCCCUUCACUGCAACUGUUAUAAUGACUCUCUCUAAUGACUCUAGGCUGUGUUUAAAGUGAAAGGCUAUUGCAUUUUUAUGGCCAGGGACUUAACCAUAGUUUAGAGUAGAUUGUCAUCGUAGUUAAGCGUUGUGUUGCUAAAUCUUACAGCAAGAAUAAGUAAGUUUGUUAUUAAAGAUCAUUUUGAAAAAACAGAUUUGGUAUCACAACCUUUUUUUUUUUAUGUUCUCGCACAUUAGUUUCUCGUGAUUGGAAAAGUAAAAAAUACAGCAGACUUCCUCUUGAAAUAAUGUUGUUUUUCAAAUUUUGCAAUGCAUGUAUUAAGGAUGAUCAAUAAGCGUAGUUAUUUUCCACCGUAGAUAUAAUUCCCAGGUAUUUCACAGUUGUUUUCUGAUUCAUACACCCAGCAGAAGAUGUUUGAGUAUGGCUCCUUUUCAACUUUUCCUGGAAAUGAAAAGUUUUGAGCACUCGCUAUGUAUGUGCUCAAGGUUGACCUGAACUCUGGAAGUUGUAGUCAAUGAAACGGUGAUAAUAUUUUCAUGAUAUUUCUAAAGUAUUUUUUCUAACCCACUUUACAUCCAUUGAUCUAAAACACUUGUAGCUGUAUGCUGCCACAUAGCUGACAGUCUUCAAGUGAUUUUAAAAGUCAAGGUUUUUUUUCACUGUUGGUUAUUGAACUCAAAUGAAAAGGUGCAGCUGUGCCAAACAGUUUUAAUAGCAUGAGGUAAUGCAGAACUGUGCUGUGAUUUUUAUAUUACUGGCGUGGAAUUAAACCCUUUCUGUUUUAUCCAUAAAACUUUGACAGAGCACAUUAUACUCACAUCUUAAUGAAAUUUGAGUUUUCUUUCCAAAACAAUAUAUUUGGUUGUUCUAUUUUUUCCACUCGGCUCACCUUUCCUUGUUGUAGGUGGUCUGUCUUACAUUCUAGUAACUAGGGUCUAUAAAUCACACUGUUACCAUAGUUCUGCAAAGCCAGACAACGCCAUUUGGUGGUCAGUGAUGUAACGAAAUGUGGUUGUUUUCCUAUGAUGUAAGCUUUGUCCACUGGAUGUUGUUUUGUUGAGCAGGGCUUCUGUGAAAGAGAUGACUGAUGAAAAUGUGAAAUUCUACCGUUCGUUGUUGAUUUUGUCUCCACUGAUGUCUUUGCUUUAGGACAGACAUGCACUGUUCACAUUUAACCCCUGUCUGCUCACUCAUAUCCCAUGCUUGUUUUCUCAUGUAAUGUAUUAGAGCUGUAGUGAUUGAUAGAGAGUGAGAGAUGUGUUGCAAUUAUCGCCCAUAUGAUAUCUACUAUGUGGGGACUCAGUAAGGAGAGGAGAGGAUGAGGAGAUAAGGACUAUAAGUGGUGUAAAGGGAGAGAAACUGAGCUGUAGGGAAAACAGUCAACUCUAUGUAAUAAAUAAGCCGCUGAAGAGUAAUCAGCCAACAAUACUACUGAAGUGUCCACAUUAUAUAAAUUCAACAUGCUGUCAAGGUAACAUUGGAAAAGAUUCUUCUUACGCUUAAAAGCUUUGUCUUGUUUAUAUAAUCUCAUCAUGUCUCUGAUUGGCACCAUCUCUGCAACAUGGUCUGGAGCUUCAAUUAAAGUCCUCCAGCCAGGAUUGACCGAGUCAAUUGGAUGAAUGUUAGUUUCCAAGUGUAAGGCCUGUAAUGGUCAGAGUUGUAAGGUUACUAUUUGGAAUUCAGAAACUUGGAUUUCUUUCUCAAAUUCCAGUCUCCAUUGGUCCCAACCUCAUUUCAAGGGAUGAAAGAGGGACCUAGGAGGUAGCCCAAGAGAAGCACAUUUUAAAUACUGCAUCAGCGGUUUAAUAAAGAGCUGCAGAUGUAUUCAAAAGAGUGGACUAGAACUUAAAGGUGCAGUAUGUAGUGUUUAGCAGGAUUUAGCAGAACAGACUCAGUAGAAAUAGAAAGCCUUGUAGUUUGAACAUGUUUUUUGUUUCUUUUCCAACUUAAAAUAAGUCUUUUAUAUCUACAUAGAUAGGAGCAAGUCCCCUUCCAUGGAGGCCGCCGUCUUGAAUCUCUAUGUUUCUACAAGACCACACAAGGGACAAACUUCUAGUAUAUGCCUUUAUGUUUUUAGUGAGUGGUUUUGCAAAAUGUCCUUAUUGAGGGACAAGGACAAGAGUGGAUGUUCUGUGCUAGAAAACGUGCAUUAUUUAACAUUUUUAGGGUGAAAAAAAAAAUGGACAAAUAGAGGGUCGUACUUGUCAUUCUUUAAAGGAGCUUGUUGUCCUAAAAGGCCACUGACAAUUCACCAAUAGGAGGAGUGAGCAAAGGAGUGUUUCAAUCAAUCUGACCACGAGAAAAACGCCAACUGGUCAAAUUUAACAUUUAAGGUUUGAACUGUACAAAGCACAAAUAAAACACAAAUUACUUUUUACAGAAUUGUCAGAGUAAUUGAUUUUAACACUUUGUAGUAUGAGGCUGUCACAUAAAAGCAAGUCUAGUCUAUUUAUGUUGCACCUCUUAUUGUCACAGUUUAACUGUUCAAAAGCAAAGGAGACCAAAAGUGGCACCUCACUUUCCUCUUCAGCAACAAAAAGCUUUAACCAGUUUGUCAGUCUGGCAACUAAUUUCUGUAUAAUUGAGAUUCUUCUUUUUCUCCUGUAAAGCACUUUGUCUGGCCUGUCCUAUAAAGGUGCUAUAUAAAUAAAUGUGACAUUGACAUUAUCUUUACCAUACAAAUUCAGAUAAGCUUUAGAGCUUUUACUCAAGUUGACCCUUGGUAAAGCUGAAACAAAGAGGAAGAACAGGUAGGAUAUGACAGUGCUGCACAAACCCAAAAUCGUUGAAUCCACCGUUACAAAUGUAGGAUCUUGAGUACUGUAUAGUUUAUGUUCCUGUAAAACAGUUGCAGGGAACCAAAUCUGACCUUGAAGAUUAAAUUUGGUUUUAUCAGGCUGAACUUUAGGUCAACUUGAGCUGUCUGCCUAAAAUCAAAACUUUCAAGCUGUUGAACAUCUGUUUCCAAUGUAGGUAAUAACUGAGUAACAGCUCAUGUCUCUGAUAAACAUACCCUGUACAUGAGGUAGUAAAGUGCACAGACUGAAAGCAAUAAAUAAACUUUUCAUUUACUGAUUAAAAGUUCAUGAGUCAACAAAGGCAAUGUAAAUGGGAAUCUGUUUUUUGGUGGUACAACCAUAUCCAUUACACUGUAAACUUCAUAUGAUUGUAAGAAUCUGAGGUGGGUGAUGGUUGAUGGUCUUGCUCUGCACAUAUUACCCCUCCUGCUGGUGAUAUUCUGCAUUACACGUGGCCAAAUCUGAGCUAUCAGCUAUAUGGAUUAUAUGUAUUGACAAAACAAAACAGGAACAAAAACAGAUGCUGCUAUUCGUCAUGUUGCUCAAUAGUUUACAAGUUAGUCAAGUUCAGACAAUAAACAAACCCAAAGGUGUUGUCUACUACCAGAGAGUUUGAAACCAUCCCCGUGUCCUAUCCCGCCCCCCUCCAUGCUUUAGACAUCCCUCUACAGCCUGCUUGUUAAUUUUGUGCGUGUAGCCUUAAGUCCCCAUUGAUUUAACAAUAACACACACUCAGACCGUGGCUUUACAGAGGAGGCUGCCGGCCUCCAAAACCAAUAACUGCUACAUGCACCCACCUCCCUCCCCUGCAUCUCCUUUCAAGAUCAGGCAAUGGCUCAUGUCUUUGGAUGAGUUAUUGAUUGUUUAAACAAGCGCUGCAUUGAUUUCAUAGAAACGUGUGUAUUGCUGUCAUAGAUGGAGGCCCACAGAAGAAAUACUGAACAGAAUCACGUCCAUAUGCUGCAUAAUGGCACAUUAGAAGGUUUGCAAAUGAAAAAGUCUGAUUGUGUUGCCUCAUCCCUAAAGUGGUUUCUUUAAUCAGACUAAUAGAGUAAACUGAGCUGGUAAUUUAAGGCUUUCCUGAGGUCACGGCUGACACGGUUUGAUGUGGUUGUAUGGUGGUGCCACUUCACCUUGAAACGUAUAACUAGAUUUGAACGGUUCUUAUCUGGAACUGAAACAAUCAACCGUUUCCUUAAAUCAGUCAACUGAUCCUAAAUACAUCCAGUCAGCACCAUCCAUCGAUCAUCCAUUAUAGCCAGUCACCUCUAUUGAUUACCUAUUAAAGGUGACCACGUGGCCCCCUUUCCCUACAUCUGAUCCCUCUCAUAGAGGUCUGCUGUCAUUGAUCUGUGGUUAUUUGAACUGUGAGCUCAUCCUCCUGCAUGCAUCUGGAAAGCAGCUCCUGUCUUUCUGCAGACUCCACCAUAUGGUGUGUCUGCAGCACGGGGUCAAAGUGGACACACAACUGCAUUACACUUAGCUUCAUUUCACCUCUAUUUUUCUAGGAGGCCUCUUGUGAUCUUAUAUGAACUGGAUUCAUUUACAAGUCUAAUAUUCUUUGAUUCACAUUAUUCAGUCAGCGGGUCUCACACUCUGUAAAUGAUCUAAAGUCUAUUAGUGAUUCAUAUCCUACUUUAAAGAGAGUAUAUUCAUUUGCCUUUGGUAUCAACUUGUUAAUGCAAAAUUAUGCAAAUACUAUUACAAAGAACUGAAUACAGAUUUUGUUGCCCUUUCACUUUACUAAUACAUUCACAAUGUGACACUAUCAUUAUCAUGCAAUUUAAAGAGAUAUACACUCACGGACACUUUGUAAAUUACUCCUGUUAAAAGCAUGUAGACGUGAUCAAGAAGACUUGCUUGUUGGUGCCAGACGGGCUGGUCUGAGUAUUUCAGAAACUGCUGAUCUGCUGAGAUAUUUUUACAGAGAAUGGUCAGAAAAAGAGAAAAUAUCCAGUGCGCAGCAGUUGUGUGGUCGAAAAUGAUGAUAGAUUUCUGUCAAAGACUUUUAACCUACAGCACCCAACACUGUUAUCAGGAUAUUCAUGUCCUUUAAUGGAAACAGUUUGUCCUGAUAGGGUUUGGAAAUUUGAAGAGACAAUUCCAAAGAUAUCUUCAAUCCUUACAAACACAUUUUGAUUUAUUUUCUGUUUUAUUUUGCCACACAUCUAUUGUUGGGUACUAUGGUUAGUUGUUCUAUUCCAGUGUCAAUAAAUUCAACCCUAAAGAUGGAUUACACAGUAGGGUUGAUUAUCACCUCUGAUUGCCUGAUUGAUUCAUUUGCGAUUCACUGGGUUGAUCUCCAAUUAUAUUCUAUUCCAUUCAUAUCGAUUUGUGUUGGUAUAUUUUAGUUACAACGUUGUUGAUUGUAAGGGGAAUUAUUACGACCAGUGUUAAAGUUCGAGGUAAGCUUUGACCCUCGAAAAGUUACAUAAAUGUUCUUUGUUUUUACUGUGAUCACUUUUACACCACAGUUGUAAAAUUAAUUAGUUUUAGAACCAUGAACACUGAUUUGAUGAGGCGGCUUUAUACUGCAUGUAAUCUCUCCCCUGAAACACAUAAUACUAUAUACUGUGCUGGACUUUUGGCUGUACACAUGCAUUCCUGCAUUCACUAUAUUGUUGCCUGGCCAGACUCCCCACCUCUUUACUUAAGAGGCGAAAAUAUAUUGCAGAAACAUAAAACCUGGACAAACAGUUAAAGUGCAGUGCAAAUGAAAACUGUUAAAGCUCCUCGUGUCAGUUCCUUUGAGUUUCUCUAGUGCCAUCAUCAUUAACUGAUGAUGUUACACUGAUGCAUUAUGUACUGAUGUUCUGCUCAUUUGGGUCUACAUCAGAAAGAAACAUGGACUUGAUUACUUGCAUAGGUUGUCAGACUUUUGGCAUAAAACCACAUUUACUGAGUGUUUUAUGUCUCAUUUCAAAGCCUCAUAACAGUUCAGGUAGGCACAUCAUCCUCAGUUUAGUGUGCAUGCCAUUAGACGUGCAUUCUGUGUAUAAUAAAUCAGGGGUAUGUGCCUCUCCAUAUGAAUUUUUAAACCCUUUUUAUAACAUCAGAUGCUAAUUACAGACAGAUUGCCUGUGCAGAUUGGGUGACUUUUCAUAAAUUGGGCCCUUAGGCUCCUGUAACUUUAGAGCUCCUCCAAUAAAUGUUGUGUUUAGACAGCUUUUACAAAGAUGGAGACAAGAGCUGAUUAUCAUGCACUGAAACUAUAGGCACUGUGCUUUUGCUCUGUUUCCACCUUUCCUGAUACUAUCCUGUCAAGUCAGCAGUUUGUUUAAUGGGUUGAUUAAAACCCAAUAUAAAAAAAAGAAAACUUUAAAAAUAAUGAUAAUAAUGUCUUUUUCAAUUUGAGAAGGUUUUUUGGGGUUAUUGGCUCAGCUUUAUAGGUAGAGGUCAUGACCAAGUGGCCAAUGUAUAGUGCCAAUAAGCAGACAUAAAAUAAGACAUUUAAUUUUGCCAAAAAGAAUCAAAUAUUUCUAUUUUUGAUAUUCACAUUCAGUAAUGUUUCUGCUGUCUGUUCCGAAUACUUCAAACACUUCUACACAGCCGACAUGUUUGCAUGGAUAAGCUGUCGCCAUGUGCAGUUGAUGGGUUACCAUUCUGUCGUCUAAUUAUAACUUCAGAUUUGUGGUAUCAAUUGUUAAUUUUUAAGCUUUUAUCUGCAGAUGUUUGAUAAACUCAGGAAAAUCUCAUUUAUUAAUAUUCUGUAUCUAAGUGUUAAAAACAUCACCUAAUAGUAAUUGGGUUUGAAACAGCUCUCUUGUGUAAACUCUGAACUUUUGAUGGAGUUGUAGUAUUCAGUUUUGGCACAUUGUAUACCUUUAUUUUUUGGGGCUGAAAGUUAUAUGCUGUAUCAUUCAAAGGGUUAUGAGAAAAUGUUGAAAUUAUUGUAGACUCCAAGCACAAGCAUCCUCCAUCAUAUCAAGCAGAUGCUAAAUCAGCAGUGUCUCACCUCUACAGGGUCUCGUAAUGAGUCUUUGACUGGUGUAUCAGGUCACAGCUGAGAUUGGAAAUAAGCCUGAGGCUUAACCUCAGUUUUGCUGCCCUGUCAGCAGCUUUACUCGUCUAAAGGUUUGGUUAACGUGAACACACAGGUUUAUUGUAGAUUAUUUUCAUGGCUCAUUGAGCACAAAACAGCAAAGUCCGGUGAUUGAAUUCUAUGUUGUCAAUAACUUGGAAAGAUCUUGUAUCUUUCCAUUGCCGUUAAAACUGUGAAUCAAAAAAAAGAUUUGCUCCAAGCCUUUUACUUUUGUUGAAAUUAAAAAAAACUGUCACUUGUGAAAUAUUUUCAAAUUGACUACAGUCUGUGUAAUCCUUUCAUACUAAAAGCUGGAUCUAUGAUGACCUUCACAACUUCAGACACAGACCAGAGUAAUAAUAUCCUAUUGAAUAUGCUCAAUGAUCCUCAGUAAACAAAACAAUAACCUGCUGAUAAAAACCAAAACACCUAGAGUUUGAAAAAUAGGGCUGCAACCACACAUAAAUCUAUUGUUCGAGGUGUUGCUUAUUGACUGGAGGUGUGAGUACGAUUUUUAGAAAAAUAUUGAACAUUUUUAUUUUUUCCACCAUCCGAAGUGUGAAUGUCUUUUCCUUUGGCACACAUAACUAACAAAUAAACAGAAAACAUUGGGCAGAUAAGUGCAGAAUAAAGAUAGUUGUCUAACACUCACCUGCUGGUGCACAGCUGGGCCUGAACCACUCACUGUCUCUUCAUAGACUUUUCAUUAUAAUCCAUUUUAUAUGAAGUCCUCCUCACCUCUUAUUUCUCUUUCUUCAGUGUAUCUUUGCUUUUCUUCCAGCAGCCCAGCAGGCAAGUGAGAGAGGGAUGAGUACAAGAAGAGAGAAAGAGGAAAGGAUAUAUACUCUGGCAGAUCAAUAGUGGGGUUGGUCUUUCCGCUGAAAGAUUGUGUGCCCGGACAGAUGACUGUAACAGAUAAGGAUGAUGGUCAUAAAUUGAUGGAUGGAUGGAGAGGAAAGUAGGUGUGGUUGAGGAGUAAGGAGAAAAAGACUCACUAGCUAACAAUGGAGAGCUAACUGUUGCUGUACCAGAUGUGUGACCAAUCUUACUGCCUUGGUUUGAUGCCCAUCCCUAAUAAUAAUAGCUGUGUUGAGUUAGAAAUUAAUGUUUCAAACCAACUGUAAGAAGUGUCUGACUGGUUAUGACACUGAAAUAAACAAGUGCUAAGUCUCUGAAAUGUAGAAAAGCCAAUAAGAACAAAUAUUACAAGACUGUCAAUUUCUUCUCUGUGAUUGUUAAGACCUUUAUUACAUUUUCCAACAGCAAAUAUUUACAGUAAGUGAUGCAUUUCACUUUGAAAAGACAUCUUGACACCCUUUUCACAAGUGCAAGAUGAUUGUCAACAGUGGGUGUCAAAAUCAACCCAGACAGAAAGUUCCUUACGGGAAAAUGUUGUUACCUGUCAGCUGUCUGCUUACCUGUUAGGUGUGAAUUUGUCAGUUCUGCGUCAUAUUAAAACUUUUAUGCAUUCUAACCUUCCUCCCCUUUUCAAAAGUAUCUCAAUGUUCACCCUAUUGUUUACCCUUCUGGUCAUGGAGCUUCUAGAGAAAUGCCAAGGCUUUUGAGAUCAGGUAGAGCUGGUUACUGGUGUACUUGGUGAACCAGGUGUACCAGGUCUCACAGCUGGUAACCAGGUGGGCUAACACUGGUGACUGGAAGUGAGUACUUUCUCUGGAUGAAGAGAACAGACCUUUCCAGACUGGAAUAGAAACUUUAAAGGAGUAUCUAGUUUUUUUGUUAAUUUCUGGUCAUGGAGCUUAUAGAGAAAUGCCAAGGCUUUUUAGAUCAGGUAGACUUGGUUCCUGGUAUACUUGGUGGACCAGGUGUACCAGGUCUCACAGCUGGCAACCAGAGUGGCAGACACUGGUGCCAAGAAGUGAGUACUUUCUCUGGUUAAAGAGAGCAGACCUUUCCAGACAGGAAUAGAAAUAUCUGGUGACUGCUGCAUUGUUGUCAGAGAAGCAAGUACUUUUACAAAGCAAGUUUCCUUGAUAUAUGACGAUAUUAAGGUCAUUAUUCAGUGGAUAUCUUACAUAUUGCUCUUUCAUUUUGUCCUUUUUUGAUACAUUCCUGUAACUAUGGCUAAGGCCAGUUUCAGGCGUAUACAUGACAGAGAAAAUAGAUCCUCCAACUGCAUUAACCAGUCGUAGUCGUAGGUCAAGACACUUGACAUGAAACUGCCUCUGGCGGCGGUUCCUGCAGUGCGUGAAUGAGAUUGGUCAACACUGAUGAGCGACCUCUGCCAUCAGUGAACUGAUGUGGAUGAAUGUGACAUGUAACGUAAAAGCACAUAGAGUGGUUAGAAGACUGGAGAAAAGAGCUCUAUAAACACAGUCCAUUAAGGAAGUCAAAGCAUUUGCUACUCACUGGUGCUUAAUGAUACAAAGCUAUCUGUUUAAAGCUAUUGAUUGGGUUUUGGCAGGAAGUACUGCAUGCUCAAAAAUCCAUCUAUUACAGACAGGCUGAAGAAGAUUUCCUGAAAUCGCCUUUCAUUAAGUAUAGAGACAUCUCCAAACUUAAACUAAAGCUCAUAUAGAUGCUUAUGACAUAUCUAAGCCUUGUCCACUUAAUAAGAAUAAGAGAUGAUGUCAGCUUGUCUGUUCUUUGUUACUAAAGGUCCACAGGGAGAAUUACCAAGCAAAAGUACAGGCAUUAAAAAGUACAUAUUCAGGAAGGACACUGCAGUGAAAGCCACAGAUUUAUUACUCUCUUCUAUCUGGCAUCUGUUUUAAAGUAUUUUGAACAAGCAUGUAUAUAUGCCAGAGGGUCUGAGCAUGACCUCAUAGCAUGAGAUGAGAGGUAUGCACGGAGAAGUGGUAGCAACAGAGAGGCUAAAUAUAACCAGAUGCUUGGAUUGAGCUUUGCUGCAUUGUUGUUAUCUCAGAGAUGGUUUGUGUGUUUCUGCUUUUUCUGUUCUGUCCUAAAUACUUCGCUGUGUAAAUGCCAAAUCUGGAGUUUAGAUGCCAAACGUUGGAAACAGAAUUUCACUGUAUAAACUUGUAUCCAUGGAGAGAGUGUUUGUUUUCUAGGAUGGAGGUUAGGCAUGUCUUUUAGAAGCAAAAGCCAAACUUUGCAAACCUCAAAUGUCUUCUUCAUGUUGCCUUAUCCUAUUUUUUUAUAUUGCCCCAUUUCCUGGUUUCUAGUCAAUAAAUUAAGGAAGAUUUUUCUGUCUUUUUUGCAGAUGCAUCCGAAGUGGAAGAAGUGGAACAUCAAGAGAAGCAGCCAACAGAAAAAGCAGACGUAAAGACAAAAGCAAAGAAGAGGAAGACAGAGACGGAGGAGAAAACAGUAAAAGCAAAGAAGAAGAAAAAGAAUGAACAGGUACCAUGUUGUGGAACAUUUCAAGUUUUAGAGUUUAUGAUAGACUUAAUCAGAGAUCUCUGCCAGGAUGAUCAAAAGGUUGUAAAAUUAUGUAAGUUAUGGUCUAACUGUCAUGAUGUGUGUUAUUGGAAGAUAAGUAGUCAAGUAAGUGUUGGAUUUGACAAAGUUCUGUUUUUUCAAGUCCAGAAAAAGUCCUUCUUCUUCUCGCUGAUGGACAGAAAACUUUCCCAACUCAGCCGGGCCUCUUUUCAUACAAAUUGAUGUAUAAUUUUUAACCGGGAUAGAAUUAAAAACAUACAGUCACUUAGUCAAUCAGACUUUAUUCAUAAAGGAUUUAACCACAUUGUAACACAUAAGUGCUGUACACAGACAAAAAUAGAUCAAAUCAAAAAGGUUCACAAAAACAGAGACCGAGGCGUAGCACAUAAAAGCGUAGGGCCUAAAACUUAAUCCCUGGAGAACACCGUCAUUCAUUUUAUACUCUCUAGCUGAGCAUUUAACCAUACUGACUUUAAAUUAGUUAAACAGCAUUCAAACCUGUGCAAAAUUGUGCCAAUCGUGCUAAUUAUACCAAUGUGUGUAUAAAUUUUAACCUUGAUAAAAUGUAAACAAAUGCAUUAUGACAAUAAAUUGCCCAAUACACUGUGUAGAAACUAAUUAAUAAGCUUUAAACCUGAACAGUUGUUUGACCCAUGACAGAAACAUUUAUAUUUUUUAAUUGGGCUUAAAGGGGACGACUUAAAGUGGGGACUCAAUGACCUACAAGUGCUUUUGCAUUUUUGCUUAAUGCUACAAGACUGAAGGUGGAUAUUUGAUCAAACUGCAGGAUACUUACAAAAUCUUCAUCGGUGCUUCCAAAAACCUGAAAUAAAGUCCUAAAAUGUUGUCUUGCGUUCACAAUGCCAUGUUAUUCAGAUUACUGCAACACUGAGCUCAGGAAAUGAGAAAAUAUUUGUGUUUAAAAAAUUAGACAUAUUCAUCUUUUCUAUCAUGACAUGACCAUCAUUGGUUAUUAAAAUCCUCAGAAAUAUGUUGCACACCCAGACCAAGCAUGUCUUAAAUUUCCGCCUAUCACUGUUGAUCUCCUGUUCUUACAGCAUGUACAUGGAAUUUUGGAUAUGUUGUUAAAAAAUACUCAAUUGUUGGUAAUCAGUACACAGAUUUCAUUUUUAAUUAGAUAGUUUUUUAUUCCUUAUCACUAAUACAAAAUCACAAACCUCGUUUUUACAGAAAGAGAGCAUCACUCCUCAGAAGAAAAAAGAGCCUGACGAUGAAAAGGCCCCCAAAGCCAAAAGAAAGAGAAAGGUGAGUGUGCUGACACCUGCUGGUGCAAAAUGGAACGACAGUCAUUAGGCUUUUUUAAUGAGCGUUAACUCCUCAUGACUUAACUGUGUUUAUCAGAAGAAGAAGACCAUCACAGAUGUCCUGUCCUCCUCUGAGCCAAAGCCAGGCUGUCCUGCAGACCUGCAGAGCCUGAUCACACAGUAUUUUUCAGACAAACGCUCAGUGAUCGAGCAGGAGGAGCUCAAACUGCCCGGUGAGCGGCCUUUACCUUUUUAAGCUCUGUCAAUAUUGGCUGAUCUGUUGAUUCAUGGAGGUCACCGUCUGCCCUCUAUCACCCUCCAGACUCCUGCUUCCUGUCCAGCAAUGACCUAACACACAGCCUCUCCUCCUAUCUGAAACAAGGUGAGUGAAGAUCAGACUUCAAAUUUCAUCUUCGCUGUUUACUCUUGGACACACUCCUCACUUUGAUUCCUCUUACUUUCUUUUUUCCUCUUAUUCGUAGUUUGUCCCAAGUGGGCAAAGAUUCAAAAGCAGCACACAGAAAAGAGUUCUGUGGUUCUGCUUAUCGUUUGUAGCUCUGCCCUGCGAACCAUUGAGCUCAUCAAGUAGGUGACACACAAGGACGACGUUAGUUAAUUUUCCUCUAUCCUAACUUUUUAAUUAUUUUUACUUGAGUGCUUUUUGUUUCUUGUUAUCUUCAGGCAGCUGACAACCUUCAAGGGCGAAGCCAAAGCACUAAAACUUUUUGCAAAACAUAUCAAGGUAUUUGAGAUGUCAGUGCCUCCUUUCAGCACAAUAUACUUGUACACAGUCUUGAAUUUAAACAGAUCUGUACCUCUUAUUUUCUGUACAGGUGGAGGAGCAGGUGAAGCUGCUGCAGAAAGGAGUCACACACAUCGGAGUUGGGACACCUGGUAGGAUUAGCGCUCUUAUUGAGAAAGGUAAACAAGGACACAAUACGCCCAACAUUUGACUCUCGAGGAUUUGAAGUCUUAUUGUUCAGUGUCAACUCUUUUUUAUUUUCCUGCAGAGGCUUUAAACCUGCAUGUGCUAAAAUAUUUGGUUCUGGACUGGAACUGGAGGGACCAGAAGCUCCGGAGGAUGGUUGACAUUCCUGAGGUGAGAUACUGCCCCCUGCUGGGCUGAAUAAGCAUUUGCGCUCUUCACAUUUGGUAUCUUCUGGAACGUUCAGGGUCCUUUUCUUCCUAAAAGGUUCUUCUACUGUGAUGUGUGACUGUGUCUGCACAGAUGUUAUAUACUGCACAGUCAAAGUAAAGUAUGCAGCCUGUGCUCAAAACUGAAAAUAAACUUCAGUCAAUUAGUUUUACUUUUGUGACGCACAACCAUAUCUUCCUCAUUGUUUUAUCAAGGGUGAAUGUGUAGAGAAGCAGAUAAGUCAAGGAUAUUCAAAAAAUAUAAUUUGUUGGUAAAAUUGGACAGUUUUCAAAGCUGCUAAUUUAAAUCCUAACUAACCGACUGGUAUAAGGGUACAGCAAAUAGACAUUUGAAGGGAUAUUCCGGCGUAAUAUUAAUUUAGGCUCAAACACACCGUAACACUAAGUUAGACACCCCCUCGAGAGAUGAAUGUUGCCGACUGCUUGCUUCUCUAAUUGUACCAACUUUAGUAAUGACCACAGGAUAGCAAUACGCAGUGGUCUGAGGAGCCAUAAACAAACCUCAACCAAAACGCCACUCUAUAGCCACAAAUAAUGCUCAGAACAGAACCUAACUUCAUCAACAGUACAUAUAGGGUCCCAGCCACAACGCUAGCUACCAAACAUCUUUUUAGCUCUGCCUGAUUUUUUUAGCAAAGAGACUAGAUUGAACUCACCUACUCUCUUCCAGCAGCCGCUUGUUUAUAGCGAGACCUCAGGCCAGUCCAUUACAGCCUACAGCGGGGUGACGCAGCUCAAGGAAGAACAUUUAUGAUCAUUACUCAAUGGAGAUGCAAUCAGAUUGAUACUGCGUCUGCAGUGCAAAAUGAUUAAUAUGGUGAUUAUUACUUUAAGGAAAUGUCAAAAUGAUCAUCAAUGUUCUUCCUCGAGCUGUGUCCCCCCCCCGUGGCAGUCUGUAAUGGACUGGCCUGAGGUCUCGCUACAAACAAGCAGCUGCUGGAGGAGAGAAGGUGAGUUGUGUUUAGUCUCUUUGCUAAAGAAAUUGGGCAAAGUUAAAAAGAUGUUUGGUGGCUAGUGCUGUGGCUGGGACCCUUUAUGUACUGUUGAUGAAGUUAGGUGCUGUUCUGAGCAUUACUUGUGGCUAUACAGUGGCGUUUUGGUUGAGGUUUGUUGAUGGCUCCUCAGACCGCUGUGUAUUGCUAUCCUGGGUUCGUUACUUAAGUUGGUAUGACUAGAGAAGCAAGCAGUCAGCAACAUUCAUCUCUCGAGGGGCUGUCUAAAUCGGUGUUACGGUGUUUGACCCUAACUUAAUUUUACGCCGGAAUAUCCUUUUAACUCUUCAGCACUCAUAUUCUAGAUUGCAGUACUCUGUUGCUCACCCCUCAUGUUAGAAAGCUAUGGUGGCCUUAGAGGACAUGAAGCUCCUGUAAUGCUGUAUAAGUGGAACCCCCAUUUGUACAGUUUUGACAACAUAAAACCUUGAAUUCUCGACCACUCUUCAUCUUCGUCUUCCAACCAUCACAUUUUCCAUGGCUGCAUAAUUAAAUACAGAAGCACUUGUUUUCAUAUUGUCUAUUGUGAGUCAUGUCUUUUGUGAGUGACCACUAUUCACCAUCUAUAAUUGUCCUUUUCAGAUCAAACUGGACUUCAUGAAGCUGCUGGAGAGCGGGAUCCUGAGUGGAUGCAAAGACAGCAGCGUUAAAAUCGGACUGUUUUAACAGCUUUUAGAGACUGUGGAAAGCACAGUGGCUUGACACUUAAAGCCACAAACUGAUGGUCGUCUCUUCAUGCUGGAGGGGCCUCUUCCUGUUUGUUUCCCCUUUGUGUCGGUGUUAAACCUGCACCUCGCUUUCUACUAUUUUCAGAGUCUGUGUCAAAUGCGCGGUGUUGUUUGUCUACUCUUGUAGCCUGAUGCGAUGUCCCGGUGUGAUGGAUUGAAUAAACAGACUCAGAACAAAA